AGGAGAUCAAAAUAAUUUUGCCCAACAGCGAGAACGUGAUCAACUCAAAAAAGAAUUAUGUGAAGAUAACUGGAUCAUUUUAAGAUAUGUUUGGUAUUACGAAGACCCAUAUAUAGUUAUUUUAGAGCAUCUUCGGGAAUUGG